AUGUCGCACUCGGGCGGUGGGUUGGAGACGCUUCGUCGGAGCGCUUCGCCUGGCACAUUGAAGCGAAAGCGUGAAGGUGCUUCCUCGCCGAGCACCUUCACCAAAGCCACCAAACUGACCAGCACCACGUCAUCCACCGCUUCACGCCUUGGUGCCAACGCGACUGGUGAUCCUCGCAAGCACUAUCGCUCCCCCGACUCGGACGAGGCACUGCAUUCCGACGCCGGCGACACACUGCAUGGGGUUGGCUCCGCCAGCUCACAUGCAAGCACUGCAUCGACCGUCUUCAGCUCCAGCUCACAAGCCUUGGCGCAGAAUCACAAAUCCUCACUUCUCAACGGACUAACUCCACUUACCAGCAUUUCAGACUCUUCGCCUCCCAAGCAAAGAAGUCCCUCGCAUGCACAUUUUUCAUCCGAGAUGACCACAGUCAACGGCGACGCGCAUGCGCUCACCGCUGAUUACACCCUAGAGCCUCCGAUCGCGAAGAAAGAGCGUCCGCAAAUGCUUCCUCCACCCGGCAAGGCAAAAGGGUACAGAGUGGUUUGGGAUCCAGAACUCGAUGGCAAGCUCAGCAAAGACGAGCGCAAGCGCGCGACGCUGCGUAAAAGAGAAUUUGGCACAGAGACAUACGAGCCGGAUCCGCCACCAGAUCCGCGACUUGCGAUCCCGGGCUAUAUGUCAGGUCAGUGCAGGACCAAAGACAGGCCGAGCAAGGCGAUUUGGAGACCUGCACCCUACAAUUUGCCACCCUACAAAAUCGACCGGUAUUCUGUUGGACCCGGCGAGGCACAACAGGUUGUGGUCAUGGGCUUCGACCCGUUCUUGACCGAUGCGACACUGCGGCAUAAUUUCAGCACUUAUGGCAGUGUGGCGUCUGUGCAGCAUAAGACCGACCCGGAUACUGGCAGCUUCCUUGGUAUCGCAUUGAUUAAAUUUCGAGAUGGCUUCAGAGAUGGGAUAGAGUGUAGCGCAGUGGAAGCUGCAAAACGCGCCGAGACUGAGUUCAAUGGGUCACGCAUUGGAACCCACACUAUCAGAGUUGAGGUGGAUCGUGAAGGUAGAAAGUUCAAGAGACACUUCGAGAGUGCCUUGAAGAAGGCUAGGGAUGAGCGCGUGAAACAGCGAAGAGCGAGUAUCGUGACAGCGCCGGUGUCAAAGGAGCCCACACGGCCAAUCAAGGAUUCACCAGCACCUCCAUUAAACGCACCGAAGGGACCUUCUGGCAAAUCAGCAGCACCAGCGGUCAAACCUCCAGAAGGACCACGCGCCGCAGCUGCCCCUCUGGCUCCGAAGCCGGGCGGGCCAUCUUCCUUGAUCGAAGCGGAGCCCAUCCUCAGCAAGAUCAAGCGGAAACCGUACAUACACAUCCCUCACGCCUCGGUGCCUGUUCUGGGCACUACCAUCCCUCACUUGAAAAAGCGUCUAAAGGCUUAUGACUGGCGAGAGAUUAGGCUGGACAAGACAGGGUACUACGCCGUUUUCGAGGACUCGAAGCGUGGCGAGGACGAGACACAGCGAUGUUUCGAUGAGUGCAACAUGGCGGCACUGUUCACAUACAAGAUGGGUAUGGAGUGUCAGAAAUAUGGCAACCCGGACUAUGAGCGCAGCCCAAGCCCAGAACGUGUCAUGGCCGAGAAGCAGACUCGCGAGACUCUUGAACGUCUGAAGCUAGAGGACGAGCAAGAUAUGGAGAUUGAGAAGAAGAAUCGCGCGGCCAAUCUGGAUCCUGUUCUUGGCGCACUUGAGCAAUUGCGCAUGGAAUUGAGGGACAGGAUCAUGGGCGACAUCAAGACACGGGUUGCUAUUCCCAUCUUCAACGACAGCCUAGAUCCUGCCAAACAUCAGGCUAAGCGCAGGAAGCUUGGACUCCCAGACCCUUCGGACAAUGAGAAUAAAGGUGCUUCUUUGCUCUUCAACAAAGCCGGCGACACUCCUCCGCAUACCCCAAGAGGCCGGCAUGGCUACCCAUUGUCUCACUCUAAGCCACUGCGGCCGCACGAUCCACGCGGCAGGAAAGGUGAACGGGAGCGCGAGCGCGUGUCCGAAAAUGCAUUCGUUGAUGAGCGUAGACGAAGGCCUGCGCCUGGCCCAUCACGACAUGUGCGAGGUCUGCACUUUAAGCUGCAGCAGAUGUUCGACGACGAGGAAGGUUCAGACGAUGAAGGCAGGACAUCGAUUGGUCGCGACACGGAAGACCAGGAGAGCCGUCCGCUUAGUCGCGCGAGCAGGAACUCGACACCAUUCGAUGCCGAAUCGGUCACGGACACGCCUAAGCACAAACGCAGGAAGGUCGCAGAUUGGGAAGACGAUGACAAGGAAGUUUUCGAUCCCUUCCACAAGCAGCUGCUUGGUCACCUCUUGCAUAAGGAGCCUGAGGACCUUGCGACUCGUGAGCUAGAACAGGUCGUCAAUACACUGCCACGAACUUCGAAGUACGCGACACGUGCGAGGACAGAACUAUUCAUUCGACAGCGAUCGAAGGCUGAUGAUGAUCUCUUCAACGUCAGGAGCGAGUCGAAGAAUGAAUAUGUAGCCAGCUUUAUCAAAGAUGUCGAGAUGGCAGAUCGCGAGCAGCAAGCCACACCUACCACCGAGAUCGAUGCCAAAGCCGUCAAGGACAAGGCUAAGAGGAAGCGAAAGACCAAGAAGCAAAUUCUCGAAGAGCAGGAAGCACUCAAGGCCGAAGCGAAGGAGGCACGAGCUGCAAGCAAGCCAAUUGCGCAAGAGACAGUCACUCAAAUUGAAGAGAAGGCGCUGGAGCUUGAGGCCGUCGAGGAGCUGGCACAUGCAGAUGUUGGCUGGGCGUUCACACAUGACAAGCCAAGGCGCACCGUCGAGGAUGACAGACGUCUCAUACUGGAUGUGGAUGGCUGGCAAGAGAUCAUCAAGGAUAACGAGGAUUUGGCAUUUGCAAGAAGAGCGCUCAUCAACGAAGCUCCCUACGAUCUUGGCGACGCGAAGCUGUGGGCGUGGAAGCAGAAGGAGAUCAAGAAUCUCAAUAGCGGCAACCUUGGCCCUGGGCAGUCUGAGACUGGCAUCGAGGGCUACUACGUCGCCAAUGCAACAGGCUCCGCACGUACCGAAGGCGUGAAGAAGAUCCUGAACGAGGAGAAGUCCAAGUAUCUACCUCAUCGCAUCAAGGUCCAGCGAGCUCGAGAAGAACUGCAAGCACAAGUCACCGCCAACCCAGCAGCCGCGGUGGAAGCAGCCAAGAUCGCGGCCGCAGAGAAGAUUGCCAGUACAGCCACCUCCCGCAGCAAUCGCGUCAACAAUCGCCGCCUUGUCAACGACAUCAAUCUUCAGAAGCAGACCAUGGCCACCGUCAAUAGCGACGCCGACAUCGCCAUCCGCUUCAACCAGCUCAAGAAGCGGCGCAAGCUCGUCAAAUUCGAUCGUUCCGCCAUCCACGGCUGGGGCCUCUACGCCGAGGAAAACAUCGCCCAGAACGAAAUGAUCAUCGAGUACGUAGGCGAGAAAGUGCGACAGAAGGUCGCCGAUUUGCGGGAGAUAAAAUACGAGAAGCAGGGCGUAGGAUCCUCGUAUCUGUUCCGGAUGCUGGACGAUGAGAUUGUGGAUGCGACGAAGAAGGGCGGCAUUGCGCGCUUUAUUAAUCAUUCUUGUGAUCCGGUUUGUACGGCGAAGAUUAUCAAGGUCGAGGGGACGCCGAGGAUUGUCAUUUAUGCUUUGAAGGACAUUGGGAAGAACGACGAACUUACGUACGAUUAUAAGUUCGAGAGGGAAUAUGGGUCAACGGAUCGCAUUCCCUGCCUGUGUGGCUCGGCGAAUUGCAAGGGCUUCCUCAAUUAA